GAAUCGUUCGCCAGGGUACAGAAAGAUUUCCGACGAUACAGAUUAAUCUCUUGCAUCCACGACCGUAGUCUCGAAUCGACUCCUCGAUCGAUCGUAAACUGGACCGUAAUUCGGUGGCAAGAAUGCAAUCGUUUCCAAAUGUCAUCUACUUGUUCCUCGUCGUCUUCAUUCUUGGAACUACGAUUGUACUUGGUGAACCCGAACCAAUGGCCCGACCAACGCGACCAGAGGUAUUCUCAAGCCCGGACGAGCUAAGGAAAUACCUUGACCAUGUUAGCGAUUACUAUUCUCUGAGCGGAAAAGCUAGGUACGGGAAGAGAGGCGAUGGUCCAUUCGCGAUCUCGGACGACGGCCGUGCUUGGGACACGGUGAAAACGAUCCUGGACGUUUCCCAACAACCGCAACAACCGAGAUUCGAAAAGAGAAAGCUGGAGAGACGUCAGUUUUUUCGCGAGCUGGACAGUUCCGGCGACAGGAAGCAGCACGGCACGAGAAUCGACGCCCGACCUUGUCACGUGCUAGACAUAGAUGACAAAUACUACGACGAUGUGCAAUAAAACGAUCUGUGCGUUCCCCUUCAUUUACAGCGUAUACGUCUUUUCGUUACACGAAUUAAUUGUCAUAUAUCCUUAAACUGUUUGUCGACGUCGAACAAGGUAAUAUCUCCCACGAAACGGUUAACCCUUAAUCUUUUUACUCGAGAACGACGCCUUGUACAUCUACAGCUGGAAAUGAAACGGAGGAGGUUCGUUCGGACGGCAUGAAAGUACGCAAUUAGAAUAUUUAAUUGUUCGUUUAUUUCGAUAAGUUAUAAGUUGACACGCAUUUUCCUGUGAAGCAACGUUAAAAUUUGAAAUAAAUGAUAAUU